GAUGGCGGCACGGGUGACUCCACGGUGUGGGAAACGAUCCUGCCUUUGCUCGCAGUGGCCAGGUUUUUGUUUCUCCUGUUCCAGGCAAGGCAGAGAGAGAAGAUGAACGAGGAGCAUAACAAACGCCUGUCCGACACCGUCGACAAGCUUCUGUCAGAGUCUGAUGAGAGGCUCCAGCUUCAUCUCAAAGAGAGGAUGGCUGCCCUGGAAGACAAGAAUUCUCUAUUACGAGAAGUUGAAAAUGCAAAAAAGCAGUUAGAAGAAACGCAACAUGAUAAGGAUCAGCUCGUACUGGACAUCGAAGCCUUGAGGGCUGAGCUGGACCAAGCGAGGCUGAGAGGCGCGUCCCUUCACCACGGCCGACCCCACUUGGGCAGUGUCCCGGAUUUCAGGUUCCCUGUGGCAGACGGUCCCGCAGACGCCUACAGCAGCAGCGCGGUGUUGCGGCGCCCCCAGAAAGGCCGCGUGGCAGCCCUGCGGGAUGAGCCAUCCAAGGUACAGACUCUUAAUGAACAGGAUUGGGAACGUGCCCAACAAGCGAGUGUCCUGGCCAACGUGGUACAGGCCUUCGAGAGUGAUGUGGACGCGUCCGACGGCGAAGACGACAGGGACACCAUCUUCAGCCCGGCUGGCCUCUUGUCCCCCAGUGGGCAGGCCGAUGCCCAGACGCUGGCCAUGAUGCUUCAGGAGCAGCUGGAGGCCAUCAACAAGGAGAUCAGGUUGAUACAGGAAGAAAAGGAAAACACAGAGCAGCGGGCGGAGGAGAUUGAGAGUCGAGUUGGCAGUGGGAGUUUAGACAAUCUUGGUCGUUUUAGAUCAAUGAGCUCCAUUCCCCCCUACCCUGCCUCCUCGCUCGCUGGCUCCUCUCCUCCGAACAGUGGCCGGUCCACCCCGCGAAGGAUUCCGCACAGCCCAGCUCGGGAGGUGGACAGACUAGGUAUCAUGACUCUGUUGCCAGCCUCCCUAGAAGAGGUACGAGACGACAAGACGACAAUAAAAUGUGAAACCUCGCCCCCGCCCUCCCCGCGGUCCCUUCGGCUGGACAGGCUGCACAAAGGGGCGCUGCACACGGUCAGCCACGAGGACAUCAGGGACUUACGGAACUCCACAGGCUCACAGGACGGUCCCGUGAGCAACCCCAGCAGUAGUAAUAGUAGCCAGGACUCGCUCCACAAAGCCCCCAAGAAGAAGGGCAUCAAGUCCUCCAUCGGCCGCUUGUUUGGCAAGAAAGAAAAGGGCCGACCUGGACAUGCUGGCAAGGAGUCAUUAGGACAAGCUGGUGUUUCAGAGACCGAAAACUCAGCUCAGGAUGCCUUGGGACUCAGCAAACUGGGAGGACAGGCGGAGAAAAACCGAAAACUUCAAAAAAAGUAAGCUUUUCAUUAUUCGUCCAUCUCACUGAACACUUCUCGGUUGUGCCUGAUUUUUA